AUGAAACCGAAAUCUAUAACUGAAGAUCAGUCGUACACAAAGUCCACUAUUGGUAGCGAUAACAGAGAGAAGGAAGUUGAUGUGGUGAAUGUUCUUGGAACAAAAUGGGACUGUAAGACUGACGAGUUGUGUUUUAACUUGUCUUCUAUCGUUGAAUAUGCUAGAACUCUGCCUGUUACGAAAAGAUCAUUGCUCAAGAUAACUGCAAAAAUAUUUGAUCCGUUGGGUCUCUUGAGCCCUUUCAUUGUUCGGUUGAAAUGUUUAUUUCAAGGCGUAUGUGUCGAAAAGAUGGGAUGGGACGAUCCCCUCGAAGGAAAUGUUCUCGAUGAAUGGAAUCGUGCAAUUGGAGAGCUUGAAUGCUUGAAUGCAGUUCGAAUUCCACGGUGUUAUUUCGAUUCACAAUCACCUCCUACUGAGACACAAAUACACGCGUUUAGUGAUGCAUCCAAUACAGCUUACGCGGCGGUGGUCUACACGAGAUCAUCGUACGAGAAUGGCAACGUCCAAGUUCGACUGGUUGCUUCGAAAUCAAGAGUUGCUCCUAUAAAAAAACAAUCUAUUCCACGACUUGAGUUACUUGGCGCUGUCAUUUUAGCCCGACUUGUUAAUACCCUGAAACGAUCGAUUCCGGGACAUUGUCGCAUUUUAUAUUGGGUUGAUUCGACGACAGUACUUUGUUGGAUCAAGAAUGACAAAGUGUGGAAGCAAUACGUCAGCCACCGAGUAGAGGAAAUUAGGCGCUUGACGAACAGAGAUGAUUGGCGGCACUGCCCUGGUACUACCAAUCCAGCAGAUCUACCAUCACAGGGAAUGUCUGGUCCAGAUUUGUCGACAGCUCAGACAUGGUGGAAUGGGCCCCAGUUUUUGUUACUAUACCUGAAUCCGAAUGGCCUGUUUGUCUCACUACAUCAACCAUUGAUGCUGCAGCUACAGUCGAACUUGUUAAGGAUCAACCGAGUAUUGUUCAUGUUCUUCCAGUUACGUCAGCCAAUGUCGAGAACCCAGUGAACAUUUCGAAGGUAAUCAGUUGCGACCGCUCCAGUAGUCUAAAUCGUUUAGUACGAGUAACGGCGUAUGUGCUGCGAUUUGUGCAAAACCUGAAAAAUAGAAUUCGAAACAAUUCACCAGCACCAGAAACAUCAACUCGAGAAUUAACGUCAGCGGAAGUGUCGGCGGCUGAGUCUUUAUGGGUGAAAUCAGUUCAAUCAAUGUCAUUCGCUAAAGAAAUCGAGUUCUUAAAGACUCCUUUAGUUCACCAAUUCGGGUUGUUUCUCGACGGGCAAGAAAUAUUACGAUGCAAGGGAAGAAUCAACGAGGCAACGUUAUCGUUAACCGCGAAGAUUCCAGCGCUACUUCCUCCAAAACAUUGGUUUACCGAAUUG